AUGGCAAGUGAUUCAUCAAGGAAGAGCUCACUAAAGCCAUCUUCUCGAAAGAGUUUUCUUUUUCCUUCUGUUGUGAUUGUCAUUGUUGGGAUAAUCGUGGCGUUGACUUAUCAGUCGAAGUUGAAACCUCCUCAGCCGAAGCUAUGUGGCUCCUCAAGUGGUCCACCGAUUACAGCACCGCGGAUAAAGCUUCAAGAUGGGAGGUAUUUGGCUUACAAAGAGCAUGGACUUCCAAGAGAGAAAGCUAACCGCAAAAUCGUCUUCAUCCAUGGAUCCGAUUGUUGUAGACACGAUGCCGUCUUCGCCACGCUGCUUUCUCCGGAUUUAGUAGAGGAACUAGGUGUAUAUAUGGUUUCAUUCGACAGACCAGGCUAUUGUGAGAGUGAUCCGCAUCCAAGUCGUACACCGCGAAGCUUGGUUUCGGAUAUUGAAGAGCUCGAUGAUCAACUGAGUCUAGGAUCAAAGUUCUACGUGAUUGGGAAAUCAAUGGGAGGACAAGCGGCGUGGGGAUGCCUUAACCUUAAGUACAUCCCUCAUCGAUUAGCCGGAGUAACACUAGUUGCUCCUGUGGUUAACUACUAUUGGAGGAACUUACCUUUGAACGUUUCCACUGAAGGUUUUAACUUUCAACAAAAGAGAGAUCAAUGGGCGGUUCGUGUUGCUCACUAUGCUCCUUGGCUUAUUUAUUGGUGGAACACACAAAAAUGGUUCCCUGGUUCGAGUAUUGCGAACCGAGACAGUCUCUUGUCACAAUCGGAUAGAGAUAUCAUUUCGAAGCGUGGUUAUACGAGGAAACCACAUUGGGCAGAGGUAAGGCAGCAAGGAAUACAUGAGAGUAUUAACCGUGACAUGAUCGUUGGUUUUGGGAACUGGGAAUUUGAUCCUUUAGACCUAGACAAUCCGUUUUUGAACAAUGAAGGCUUUGUGCAUUUGUGGCAGGGAGAUGAGGACAUGUUAGUGCCUGUGAAGCUGCAGCGUUACCUUGCUCAUCAGCUUCCAUGGGUUCACUAUCAUGAGGUUCCGAGAAGUGGCCACUUCUUCCACUUCACUAAAGGUGUGGUUGAUAACAUUGUAACGACGCUCUUAACCACCGAUACUGAUACGAUUCGUCAGUAA